AAACCGCAUCACCGCCUACCUCGUGUCCGUGGCGGAGGAAACCUAUAAAUACACCGUGAGCUCCAUGGUACAGGCUGAAGUUGUAAAAACAGCCAGGUGUAGAGAAGAGAGGCAUAGUCUGUCAAAAGGUGAAACAGAAAAUCGUUUAAAAAAAGGAACCCAAGCAAGAUAAUCUAGUCUACAGACAGCUACGCUUACUGGAACAUUUUUUUAUGCUACAUGUGAAGACAAUAUUUAUAUCCACUCUUUCCUAUUUGCACUAACGGUACUUUAGAACUACUGAGAAUCCUUUUUUUAUCGUGAAAGGCCAGAAUCACUCAUCUGUGAACGACGACAUUUCCUCUGCAAUCAGCACUUUGUUUUUGAAUUUUUGCAAGGUCCUUGUUUUCCUCUGUUACGCUGCCUGGUGUGUCAGGAGACUGUGAAAGUCUUUGGGAAUCUUUGACAAUACUGCUGACGUGCCAACCUCGAAGUCAACGGAAGUACUUUUUUAUUUUUCCAAGGAAAAAGAAAAGCAUUAUUUCACUUGGGCAAUUCAGCAGCUAUGCAGCUUGAAAUCCAAGUAGCACUCAACUUUAUCAUUUCUUAUCUGUACAACAAGCUGCCACGGCGACGUGUGAAUAUCUUUGGGGAGGAGCUAGAGCGUCAGUUGAAGCAGAAGUACGAGGGACACUGGUACCCCGACAAGCCAUACAAGGGAUCCGGCUACCGAUGCAUUCACGUCGGAGAGAAGGUGGACCCCGUGGUGGAGCAAGCUGCCAAAGAGAGCGGGUUGGACAUCGAGGACGUGCGCAACAACCUGCCUCAGGACCUCAGUGUCUGGAUCGACCCAUUCGAGGUGUCUUACCAGAUCGGGGAGAAGGGACCCGUCAAGGUGCUCUAUGUGGACGAUAGUAAUGACAAUGGGCUGGAGCUGGACAAGGAGAUCAAGAACAGUUUUAACCCUGAGGCGCAGGUCUUCAUGCCCAUCAACGAGCCUCCAUCUGGGGCUUCUCCCACGUCCAGCUCGCCCUCCCCUCCCUUUGGCCAGUCGGCCUCCGUCAGCCCCACCUUCAUGCCCCGCUCCACUCAGCCUUUAACCUUCACCACUGCCACCUUCGCCGCAACCAAGUUCGGCUCCACCAAGAUGAAGAGCAGCGGCCGCAACGGCAACGGAAACGGCAGCAGUAGCGGGGGUGGCAGUGGCAAGGUGGCCCGCACCUCUCCCACCAACCUGGGCCUGAAUGUCAACAACCUGCUGAAGCAAAAAGCCAUCUCCACAUCCAUGCACUCACUCUAUGGCCUCGGCCUGGGCGCUCCACCCCAGCCCCAGCAACCCAAGCCCUCCGCCCUGUCCCCUAACGCCAAGGAGUUUGUGUUCCCCAGCCUGCAGGGUCAGGGCAGCCCAAGUGGGGUGUUUCCUGGGGACGGUUCCCUGGGCCUGGCCCACCUCCCGUACAGCAAUGCCUUUGACGUUUUUGCGGCCUAUGGUGGACUCAACGAGAAGUCCCUGAUGGAUGGCUUGAAUUUCAGCUUGAACAACAUGCAGUAUUCUAACCAGCAAUUCCAGCCAGUCAUGGCCAACUAGGAAACACUAAAAUGGAAAAAAAAAAAAAAAAUGGGGAAAAAAGGUGAACGACUAGAGACACGAGGGAGAAAACGCACAUUUGGAAAAGAAAAGAAAAAAAGAGAAAUAAAAAUGAGGAAAAAAACGGAUAAAGCUCCAUGUCCACUGUAAAAUCCCAGUGUACCAGUCCAAACACAUGAGCCCAAGGGUGAUUUACUUUCAAGCCCCCUUGAGUUGCUUUUCUCUGUUUUUGUUAUUUUUAUUAUUAUUUUUUUACGAUGAAAAGCUUGUAGUACAUGUUUCAAGCUUGGUUACCUAAACUCAAACUCAAUGCAUUUUUAUUUCUUUCUUUUGCCAACCAAGCACAAAAUUAUUUUUAUGGACUGUUUUACGGUAUCUCUUUAAAGACAAAAAAAAAAAAACUUGUCAUGGCCUCUUACAGUAUUUAAGACAUAGCUGGACAGCCAAUUUUUUGUCAAAGGAUUGGCAUCAAUAAGUGGGAUUUCCUGGUCUUUUUUCUAAUUGUAUAAUUUAAUUUAGUACAGAGUUUGUAAAAUAUCAGAGUAUAUAUAUUGUUUCUACGACAUGGUAUUGCAUUUAUAUCUUUUUACUACUCCAGUGAUCUGUGAUGGCUGCCUCAGCUUUACGUUCUCUUUUUUUAUUGAAAUUGUAAAAUGAAUCCAUCUUUAAAAACAUCGAAGAUUGUGUACAGAAUAUUCCGUAGUGGUGAAAAAUUUAAGAAUAUUUGCUUUUUUGAAAAAAAGAAGAAAAAGAAAACAGAGUUGUAUUUUCUGUUUAAGAGUUUAAAGAUUUUUGCUAUAUUAUGGACAAAAUGUAAUCGUAUAUUAAUUUUGUACCUACAUUGUGCAAUACUUGAUAAAAACAAACGAUAUAACAAAGUAUUUGGAGUCAGUGUCUUACAUGUUGAGAGGGACUGAUAGUUUAUUAAGUUUGUAUUAAAAUGCUUGAAAAUA